AUGGCUGAGGGCGAGCGCGCGGGCGGCGUCCACGGCGACCUGGAGAAGGAAUUAACGUGCUCGAUCUGUACCGACCUCCUCUACCAGCCGCUGACGCUUCUCGACUGCCUCCACACCUUUUGCGGCGCCUGUCUGAAGGAAUGGUUCGCCUUCCAGGCCUCGACCGCCACAUCCAUACAUCCCUAUACCUGCCCCUCAUGUCGCGCCUCGGUGCGCACCACCCAGCCCAAUGCCACCGUCACCACGCUGCUCGACAUCUUCAUCAAAGCCAACCCGGACAGAGGGAAAACCGACGAGGAGAAGCAGGCCGACCGCAACAAGUACAGGCCGGGUGACAAUGUGCUUCCCAAGCUGCGGCGGCGAGACGAGCGCGACGACGUGGACCAGCGCAUGUUGGAGGAGGCCCAGCAGCUGAGCCUGAGAGAUGCAAGCAUGCCGGGCACCAACAGCCUGCGACCACCCAGGGAGCGCAGGAGGCGCGAAAGAAGCCGCACUACGAGUCGCGCCACGAGCAGGGAAUCACACCGGAGCCGGGACAGAAGGGCGCCCUCCAGCCGGAACCACUCAGCUUCAUCGCCGCCCCGGUCCGCACGACCGCCCAGGGCUGUCGAGCACCAAUCGAGUCUGCGCUCCUUGCUCAGCUCAUCCGAUCUCGACACCGACGACGUGGACGAGGAUCUCGUGCGGCAGGUGCUGGAGGAGCUCGUAUUGGAGGGAUUUGACCUGAACCAGAUUGGCACUGCACAAGAGGAGGAGAUUACCGAAAGAAUUGCUGAAGCGGUGCGGCGGCGACAGGCAGAACGGCUUGCCGAGCGGCAUCGCGAACGCAGAGAAAGGAGAGAGCGUCUGGCAAGAGAAGGGCUGGCCAACUCACCAUCGCCACUUGUUCCACAGCACACGCGCAGUCCUCGUAUACGCGACGAGGAUGCGUCGCGCAGAAGACACCAUGGCCGGUCGGGGAGCGGGGCGUCAAUCCAUCAAACCACAGUUCGCCCGCCAAUUUCAAGGCCCGGUCUCAUCGAUGCAGCCAAUCGGGGUGGACGCGCACCCCAUGAGCGAUCCUCGAGUCAGGGAAGUUCGCGCUCAGCAAGACGAGCGGAACAUCCAAUUCCUAGCCCUGUCGUCAGCAACUCACAGAACAACAGCGGCAGUGAACGGGGAUCGGCAUCGGAUACGGCACCUCCAGCAAGACGGCGCCAGUCGGAACACCAACAACGAAGCAGACUCGAUGCGCGCCAGCAGUUCCGCGACAACGUUCGGCCAAGCACAAGCUCCAAUCCCAGUUCGCCUCGAGACUUGGACUUUAACAUUUCCGGCCCUGGGAGCCCGACAAGCUCUUUGGCAACCGUGGGCACUUCAGCGGCACCGACGUCUUCCUCGACGCCCGCCAGCACACCUUUCCAUCCUCCAACCUCACGCCGCACGACCGAUCCCUCCCGUGUCACAAUACACCGUGCCUCCAGCAGUGGCACACCACCGACUGCCUCCUCUCUCCCAGUUUCCCGCUCUACCACUGACAUUACACUCCACGAGCCUCGGUCGAGGCAGACUUCGGCCGCUUCUUCCAUUGCGCCCACUCUCUACACAGAGCCGAACAUCACGUGCCAGCGCUGCAACAAGGCCGACAUACAAUACGAACUUCACUACAACUGUGCCCGCUGCGACGGGGGCGACUACAACAUCUGCGCGCGCUGCUACCGCCUCGGCAAGGGAUGCAAGCAUUGGUUUGGGUUUGGAUGGACAGCCUGGCCGCGUUAUGAACGAGAAGCGCCUGAAGGAGGCUAUCCGCCCAACCAUGAGCAUCCCCAUAUUCUUAUCGGCCAUCGAUAUCGCCGGCCCAUGACACCGCUUGUCGAAUCGACUACGCCGCCACAUGUACUAAUGAGCGAAGACGACCCCAAGCACCGGGUGGAAAUUGGCGUCUUCUGCGAGAUCUGCAAAGCAUACGCAAACGCAUGCUACUGGAAAUGCGACUAUUGUAACGAAGGGGACUGGGGCUACUGCAACGACUGCGUCAAUCAAGGCCAUCACUGCACACACCCUCUCGUCCCUGUUGCCAGAAAGGCGAGAGAGGUCCAAACAGUCACCGAUACAUCCUCUGCGCCAUCUACGCCUCGCCAAGACGCACACCUCGCACCACCAGACGAUGCCACACCCGCAUCUGCGCCACUAACACCUAAAUCCGCCUCUCUUAUGCGGGGGCCGGGUUACUUCACCAUUGUCAACGCCAUCUUCCGGCCCCUAACCUUUACAACACUCUGCAACGUGUGCAGCUACCCAAUUCCACCCUCGCACACGCGCUUCCACUGCCUGCAGUGUAAUACAGGGGAUUACGACAUGUGCAGCAGCUGCUACCACAAGCUCCAGGUGAGCGGGCGCAUCGCAAAGGAAGACGGUGUCAACGGAUGGCGCAAGUGUCUGCGCGGCCACCGCAUGUACAUUGUAGGCUUUGAAGACCGCGACGGCGCCCAACGCCGCAUCGUCGUCCGCGACCUCGUCGGCGGCUACGCCCUCAAGGAAACCGACAUGGCCCGCAUCACGCGGAUCCCAGCUGACGGCGGCGUCGGCCUCAGACUCCUCGCUAGAUGGGCCUAUCUACCUGACGAGGGCGUCGACGAUGAGUUGGCGUUUCCACGUGGAGCCGAAAUCAGAGAGGCGGCGGAUAUCAAUGGAGAUUGGUACUGGGGCGUUUACUGUGGCGUGGGCAAAUUGUUUCCGGCGAAUCAUGCUACGCCUGUUUAGGGGCACAUUAUCGCACGUGGUGUAUGGGAUUUUCACAUGGGCUUGAAGACUUUGUCAAUGAAAGAAUGAAGACUUAUCACGCUCAUAUGAAGUUAGAGUCCUACCAUGAUCUUUUAC